CCGCGCCCGCCCGCCGCCCGCUCCCUCCUCGCAGCCUGGGAGACGACCACCCCCUCUGGAGCUUGGGCUGCCAGCCAGCACUCUCCUCUCCGACCCCCUCUUGGCAGCGGGCGUAAACCCUCGGCUCCCGCCCCCCAGCCCAAGACGGCUUUCUAGGCCGCCCUCGGAUUGCCUGGGCCCGCGAAGGCCCCUACCUCGGGAGCACCAUGUUCCCCCGCCCGCUGACCCCUCUGACGGCCCCAAAUGGCGCCGAGUCCCUGGGCCGGCCACUAAGGCGGGCUCCACUGGGCAGGGCCCGGGCCGGGCUCGGGGGGCCGCCCCUGCUGCUCCCGUCCAUGCUGAUGUUCGCGGUAAUCGUGGCCUCCAGCGGGCUGCUGCUCAUGAUUGAACGGGGCAUCCUGGCGGAGAUGAAACCCCUUCCCCUGCACCCUCCCAACCGCGAGGGUGCAGCCUGGCGCGGAACCGUCCUCAGGUCUGGGGGACUCUCCCUGGAUGCCGGGGACUCGGAUAUGCAGGUGAGGCAGGACGUCAGGAACCGGACCUUACGGACAGUGUGUGGACAGCCAGGUAUGCCCCGGGACCCCUGGGACUUGCCGGUGGGGCAGCGGCGCACCCUACUGCGCCACAUCCUCGUGAGUGACCGCUACCGCUUCCUCUACUGCUACGUCCCCAAAGUGGCCUGCUCUAACUGGAAGCGGGUGCUGAAGGUGCUGGCGGGAGUCCUGGACAGUGUGGACGUCCGUCUCAAGAUGGACCACCGCAGUGACCUGGUGUUCCUGGCAGACCUAAGGCCAGAGGAGAUUCGCUACCGGCUGCAACACUACUUCAAGUUCCUGUUUGUGAGGGAUCCUCUGGAACGCCUGCUCUCUGCUUACCGCAACAAGUUUGGUGAGAUCCGAGAGUACCAGCAGCGCUAUGGGGCUGAGAUCGUCAGAAGGUACAGGGCUGGAGCAGGUCCUAGCCCCGCAGGGGAUGAUGUCACCUUCCCAGAGUUCCUGAGAUACCUGGUGGAUGAGGACCCUGAGCGCAUGAAUGAGCACUGGAUGCCAGUAUACAACCUGUGCCAGCCUUGUGCAGUGCACUACGACUUUGUGGGUUCCUACGAGAGGCUGGAGGCUGAUGCCAACCAGGUGCUUGAGUGGGUACGGGCACCACCCCAAGUCCGGUUCCCAGCUCGUCAGGCCUGGUACCGGCCAGCAAGUCCUGAAAACUUGCACUAUCACCUGUGCAGUACCCCCCGGACCCUGCUGCAGGAUGUACUGCCUAAGUAUAUCCUGGACUUCUCCCUCUUUGCCUACCCACUGCCUAAUGUCACCAGGGAGGCCUGUCAUCAGUGACCAUAAGUAUGGACCAGCAGCUUCUGGGGACUCAAUUUGACAGUGCCAGCUUUUUGUGCUAACACCUGCCAUUCAGAGAAACCCUGGCACUGCAGCCUGGGGCUUCUCGGGGUUUCAAGGCACUGUCCUCAGAAGUUCCUUAUGGGUACUUACGGAAGCUCAGAGAACAGGAGGCCUAGCAUUCCCCAUUGAGGGGUUUGGGGGAGAGGACAGUGUGAUCCUUCAUGCCCGGACAGAACCAGACACCAGUUUGCCAUAAAGUGACACAUCUGUUUAAAACUGUCUUAGGCUUUCUGCAGCAGGGAUUACAUGGUCCAUUAAACUAACCUGUGGCCAAAUGCAGAGGGGAUACCAAUCAGGUGCACAGAGGGUGUGAAGUUUUGUGUGUAUCUCUGAUCUCCGCUCAUUCACACUCCAUGUACAUCAGGACUGGAGUUGGUAGUUGAGCCUUAGAAAUGACAUGCCUUAAGUUUAAGACUCAGAUUUUCCUAUUCAUAUCAGGUUCUUUCUAUUUUUCCAAGGAAAAGAAAACUGCACAGGGCCCUUGACUUGGUUGCUCCAAGCAGGACUGGCCCAGCAGACAUCCAAAGAACCCUGUACCUAAUCUCUUCUGGGCUCUUCUGAGAACCAGCUCCCCCCAGCCCCAAGGUUGAGACUGGCUGCUGUAGCUGGCUGCCACUGCUAUGAUGCACCUCUAUUUAAAUUUUGUACUUUUUGAUAGAACCCUUACGAAGGCUUCUUUUUUUACCUAGUCGCUGAAUUUUUAA